GAGUCUUCAGUUUCCCGAUGGGUACGUGUCAAAUAUUAGUAGAUGCGUUGACAUGAACGCCCUGAAGAUGCACAACAUGAAAAGUCACGACUGUCACGUGUUCAUGCAAAUCCUUCUGCCUGUUGCAUUUAAAGAACUUCUUCCUAAGAAUGUUUGGGAGGCAAUUACAGAGUUAAGUUUCUUCUUCAGAGAAUUAACAUCCCGCAACGUGGCCAUAUAUGACAUGAGAAUACUGAGUGAGAAGAUAGCUGUUACUCUUUGCAAACUUGAGCGUAUCUUCCCGCCUAGUUUAUUUGAUUCAAUGGAGCACCUACCAGUUCAUUUGGCAGAUGAGGCACGAUUGGCUGGUCCAGUGCAAUAUCGGUGGAUGUAUCCUUUUGAAAGAUAUUUGAGGACAUUAAAAAAUCAUAUAAAAAACAAAGCCAAGGUUGAGGCGUCCAUCGCCAAUGCAUACUUACUUGCAGAAAUGUCAACCUUCUCUUCGUUUUACUUUGAAGAUCAAAUAUCUACAAAGUGGACAACUUUGCCUCGCAAUAUUGAGAUGCCCGUUGCUGAAAAUGAUGAUCCUCUUUGUCUUGCCAUAUUCAAACCUAUUGGGCGUUCACUUGGCCGAGGGACGAAGAGAUACAUGGAUGAGCGCGAAUGGCAUGCUGCACACAUGUAUAUUUUGAGCAAUUGUGCAGAGGUUGCAGAGACAUAUAGCAAGAUCUUCAAGGAGGAAAAACGAUAUGCAAAUCCUUACAUGACUGAUGCAGAGUUUGAAGUCGCGUUUCACAACGAGUUUAUUCUGUGGUUUAACCAUUACGUUUGUCGUCCUUGUAACGACGAGUUGAACCCUUAUAUUAGGUCGCUUGCAGCUGGACCAUUAAGGGAGAUUGAAACAUACUCCGGCUAUUUCGUGAAUGGCUACAGGUUUCACACAACUGAUCAUGAUAGAGAGAGUGCGACUGUGAACAGUGGCGUUUGCAUAAAAGGUUCGGUCUAUGGUAGUGAUAGAGAUGUGCUAGACUUUUAUGGGCGUCUGCAAGAGGUUUGCGUGCUGGAGUAUCCGGGGUAUCCAAUUAAGCAGACAGUCUUGUUCAACUGUGAAUGGUUUGACUUGUCGGCUCAGGGAACUUCUAUUGAUACAGACUUCAAGUUAGUUUCACUGAACCACACACGAAGAUAUAGGAAGUAUGAUCCCUUAGUUUUGGCGAGUCAAGUAGUUCAAGUGUUUUACUGUCCCUAUCCCAGUACGAACCAAUCAAAGAAAAAUUGGUGGUCAGCAUGCAAAGUCAACGCAAGAUCUAAGGUUGAAGUGUCUACUGCAGCAUCUACAUCAACAUUAGAUCAACCAUUUCAAGAAGAAGUGGUUACUAUUAUGCCUACUCACACAAGUGUAGGCAUUGAACAACCACUUCUCCUUCAUCCCCUCGGUGGAGUCGUUGAGAUUGAAGAUGACGAUGAAGCAGAAGACGAUGAUUCCCCGUUGACAUCUAACGAUAGUGAUGAUGAUAGUAGUGAUGCUUAUGAAUAAAUGCAUCAUGUCUACCUCUCGAGGUUUGUUGGGAUUUGGGAGGCAAUCUGGCGUUAAUGCGCCAGAAGCUACAGCAGAUACAUCUGAUGGGUCUGGGACGCAUAUUUCUGGGACUCCCGAGACUCCCAAUGCUUCUAGUAGUUCACGGGCUAGAAGGCCUAGGGGCCCUACAGCUGCCGCUAUCAGAGAGAGAGAGGUUAAGGCACCUGAUGGGAGGACGGUAUUUCAGAGGCAUCCUGAGACUGGUGUUUUGUUGGAGCCCACUGGCCUGUCCAAAGCUUGCACGUGCACAUUUAAGAUGUUUGAAAACACAGGCGGGUACACAUGGAAGUUGACGCCCUCGGCGAUGAAGGAUAAAUUUUUUGAUGAAU